UUCCCCAGAAGACACGGAAGAUCCACCUGAAGGCUUACAGUGGUAGACCAUAUCAUGUUGGCGCUGAUUCACUAUUUACACAAUGUGUGGAAAAUAGAGUUGGCCCUCAUCAAUCUAUGCUGCUGGGGAAACGACCAGCAAGCAAUGUUAAUGUGUCUAUUCCAACCAAGCGUGUGCGUACUGCUUCUAGGCAGAGAGUUCUUAGUCCCUUCGGUGCAUCAACAGCUGGAUGUGUUCAGUUUCCAACCAAAACAGAUGCUUCAAGUGGUGAUAGCGGUUCAUUUCAGGAUGAUCACAGUACAUUGCAUGGUGGAUCCCAUAUGAAUAGCUUGGAAGUUGAAUCCGUGGGUGACUAUGAAAAGCAUUUAUUGUUCGACUCUGCUGAAGUAUCAAAACCUAAAAAGAAGAAAAAAGCAAAGCAUCUGGGUUCUGCAUAUGGGCAGAGAUGGCAUGUUGAUUCUAAUUAUCAAACCAACCAGGUAAUUUCCUUUUUCCUUUCAACAUUGAGACUCAGUAAUCCACUGAAAUGUGAUGAUAUUCAGAGGCGGACCAAGGAUUUCAAAGUCACUAAUGCACCACCACUUUUAGUCUAAAUCUAUCAUUUGCCAUAGAAACCCGAUAAGGCCGUGCAUUUUGUUGGGUUUGUCAGUUUUGGAUAAAUUUCUGUUCAUGUUAUUAGCUUAACCCUUACAGAAUAACAAUAAGUUCGAUUUUCUCUCUCUUUAUUCACAAAUAUUGAAUAGAAAAAAUAAGAAGCCAAGCAAGUUCCUCUAUCAAUUAGAUGAUUUGAUGAAAUGAAUAACUCAAUUUUGGUACGUUUUGUGUUAAGUUAAAUUAAUUGACCUUUAAAUUGUUGAUAUAUUUAUUUAUCUCAAAUUCUGAAGAAUUCAAUCUUUGUCUUGCAAAAUGAAAAGGGGUCGACUUUUUUGUUAAUAUUGAAGGGAUUUUUGAGUAGAAUAGACUGAAAACAAGAAUGGAGGAAAAGAAAAGAGAAGAAAAAAAGAGGUUUUGCUUGUUGAAAAGACAAAAAACUACAAAAGG